AUCUCAUUGAAAGUCUCCAUGGCUCCUAAGCAUUAUAUAACCAAAUGAAAUGCAAAGUUGCAGAAGAAUAAGCAAUAAUUUUAUCAAAAUUCCUAGUAAUGGAGCUCCAGAUCCUAUCCUUCCCAAUCCUUCUGUGCCUCCUCUCCGUUACGUUUAUGGUACUCAAACUAGGAAAACUAUCCAAAAUAAAUGAAUCAACGUCAAAUCUGCCUCCAGGGCCAUGGAAAUUACCUCUCAUAGGAAACCUGCACCAGUUAGUUAGCUCUCCACCCCACCGUGCACUUAGAGAGUUAGCAAGAAAGCAUGGACCAUUGAUGUACCUUCGACUCGGAGAAAUUCCUCUACUUAUUGUCUCUUCUGCAGAAUAUGCAAGAGAGGUCAUGAAGACUCGGGACAUUCUGUUUGCUUCAAGGCCUCGGUCACUCGCUUCAGAAAACACAUCUACUGAAUUGACAGGAAUCAUUCAUGCACCUUACGGGGAAUAUUGGAGGCAAGUAAGAAAAAUUUGCAUUCUCGAACUUCUGAGCACAAAACGCGUUCAGUCAUUUCGAUCAAUUAGAGAAGAGGAGAUGUCAAAUUUCAUCAGAUGGAUUUUCUCAAAAGCAGGAUCACCUGUAAAUCUGACAGAGAAAUUCUAUUCAUCAACCUACACCUUAGUUUCAAAGGUGGCCUUCAGUAAGGAGUGCAAAGACCAGGAAGAUUUCAUAUCACUGAUCAAGGAAGCUACAAAGCUUUCAGCAGGAUUCAGUAUAGAAGAAGUGUUUCCUUCAAUGAAAGUGCUUCGUCGGAUUAGUGGGGUGAGGUCUAAAAUUAAGAAGUUGCACGAACAACUUCUCAGGAUUGUUGGGAACAUUAUUAAUGAACACUUCAUGGAAAAAGAGAUAUCAAAAACCAGAAAGUAUGACAAAGAUGAAGAUCUGGUGGAUAUUCUUUUGAAAUUUCAUGAGCAGGGUGACCGUCAAUUUCAGUUAACCAUCGACAAUAUCAAAUCAAUAAUUCUGGACAUUUUCGGUGCUGGAAGUGAAACAUCAGCUACUACCCUUGAUUGGGCUAUGGUAGAAAUGAUCAGAAAUCCAAGAGUGCUACUAAAAGCACAAGCUGAGGUGAGACAGGUCUUUGAUAGUAGAGGAAAAGCUGACGAAUCAGGCAUUCCUGAGCUAAAAUAUUUAAAGUCAGUUAUCAAAGAGACCCUAAGGUUACAUCCUCCAGCUCCUUUGCUAAUUCCACGAGAAAAUUCAGAAAGAUGUGAGAUCAAUGGAUAUGGGAUACCUGCCAAAACUCGAGUACUAGUGAAUGCAUGGGCGAUCGGAAGAGAUCCCAAGCAUUGGAAUGAGGCGGAAGUUUUUUAUCCUGAAAGAUUCAUAGAUAAUCCUAUUGACUACAAGGGGACUGACUUUGAAUACAUCCCAUUUGGUGCCGGAAGGAGGAUAUGUCCAGGUAUGAUGUUUGGUCUGAUGAAUGUUGAGUUCCCACUCUCGCAGUUGUUAUAUUACUUUGACUGGAAACUUCCCAGUGGAGUGAAUCAUGAAGAUCUCAACAUGACUGAGGCUUUUGGUACAACAGUUCGAAGAAGAGAUGAUUUGUCCUUAAUCCCCACACCUUAUCACCCUUCAACUAUUCCAUAGGUCUUGAAUGACGUAGACUCGGUUUCUUCUUGUAAGAAUAAUGCAUUUAUCUAAGCAGUCUUAUGAAAUUAUUAUUAUGUUAGGUUGUGUAACGACCCUUCCUGUAACAUGUUUACUAGUUUUUUAUAUGGUGCAUGGUUUUAGUUGUAUGUUGUACUAGUGUGUUUGACUUAUUUUAUGUUUGAUCUUGGUCAAGUUUACUGUGUAACAUUGACCAGGAUUUAAUAUGUUUGUGUGGUUGUAAUCAAGGGAUCUGGAACCUUCUGUAAAGGCAUAAUAGCCUUGUAUUCUCUGUAAUGUUUUAACGCAUGGUGUAAUAGAGUG